GCUCCUUCACUGACUAUCAACACUCUUGAGUUCCCAGAUGAUCACGUGUUGCUCGUAGGAUACAGCGUAACAAUAGUUUGCACUAGCAACGCUUCCAAAGAAAACUAUGGCAUUCCAAGUUUCGGCCAACCGUAUUGGAUCCACUUCUACUUCAAUGAUAAUCCUUUUAAAAUAAAAGAAUGCGGUGGUAGAACAAAUGAUAUUGAAGAAAGCAAAGUUUGUACCCAUGUUAUUAACAAUGCAUCAAGAAGUGAUUCUGGUAAUUACACUUGUUGGGCAAAUAAUCAAUUGCAAUGCACGGCGGGCUCUAUAGAGCUAGUGUUUAAAGGUAAGCAGUAAAGUGCAUAUUUGUACUUUUUAUUAUACCUCUAUCAAGAAGUGGUCAUGAUUCUGGUAAUUAUAUUUCUUGGGCAAAUAAUCAAUAAUAAUAAAAUAAAUAAAUAAAUAAUUUACUAUAGCGCCUUUUAACAUAAAAAUGAUCAAAAACGCUUUACAUUACUGAUGAUUAAAAUCAUAGAAGGAAUCUAUGAUAGAUAAAACCGAUUAAAAGUAAUAUGCUGAUAAAAAUACAUACAGAUAAAUAAAAUAAAAGUGAAAAUAAAAUCAAGUUAAAACUACAUAAAAGCUUAUAUAAAAAGAUAUGUUUUGACAUGUCUCUUAAGUUACCCGAUAUCACGGAUAUGCGCGAGACGGCUGUUCUUCAAUUUAAGAGCGGCAGCGGAAAACUAUCUAGCGCCUAAUGUUGCCAGCAUACGCGUCUUAGGAUGAUCUAAAACAGUGGAGUGAUACCAUCUUGAUUAAUAUGAAGAAGAGGUCCUUAUGCUAACUAUAUCGCUUAUGUAUCCAGGUGACAUGCCAUGAAUGGCCUUAAAAGUGAUAGUUAAAGCUUUAAAAUAGAUACGGUAAAUCGCUGGCAGCGCUAGCCAAUAAAGACUAGAAAGAGCUGGCGAAAUGGCGAGAUACGGUCGUUAAGUCUUGCCCCAAUGUUCUGAACGGAUGUUAUGAAUAUCAUAGACACAGGCUUUACCCAUUAUUUGCUUAAUAUGAUUGUUCAUACUAGACUUAGUUUAUUGUCAAUAACUGCCCCCAAGUUUCUAGCAUUCAACGAAGCAUCAAUAUCAUGAUCACCAACUUGCAGACUGAAGGCGCCAAGUUUAUUGUCGGGAGCUGCUGUCUAGUCUCGAUGACGAGAAAUUCAGUUUCAUCGUUAUUUAGAAGCAACCUUCCAUCAGUCAGCGAUUUCCGUAAGACACGUAUGCACUCCUCCAUAGCACGCAGUGCCUCAUCUUGUGCGUUAUCGUCACCUUCUCUGAAACUGAGUUACAGCUGCGUGUCGUCCGGGAAACAAUGAACUUGCGGGAGAUGACGCUCAAUAGCCUUAAACAGCGAGGAUGUUUAAAUCACGAACAGCAAGGGUCCCAGACAUGAACCCUGAGAUACGCCACAGUCAGGUGAGAACUGUCUAGAAAGCGAUCCAUCGAUGGCUGACUCCGAUUCGAGUGAUAUUAGCUGAACCAGCACAGGUAGCCCAAGCUCGAAAUAUGAGCAUCGGCGAGCAUCGGCAUUGUUGCGUAACAUUCAAAAUAUAAGGAUUUGUAUGGGAACAAAACCUAUCGUUUCCGUAACUUACGAAAAUGAAAGGAUUUCAAUAAAAAACAGCUUACCUUACUUAAAAUGUGUGUUACGUCUCUCCUGUGUGGUCCACGGGCCGAUUUAUGGCCGUUCUAUGGGUUUUUACGUAAACGGUUUUCUCUCUAUAUAAAGGUUUACCGAGGUUGGGCACUCCAGCGAAGAGGCUCGACUGAUCCACCGAAGGAAAACGGCCGGAAAUUCGCUCCAACUGCUCCAAUCGCCUCCAAAUUCCGCCUGGGUAAAACGUGAUAGUUCUUCUUUCCAUUCGUUAUCUUGCUUCAAGACUCCUUUGCAACGAGAGCGAAUCAAAGGUCGCAAAUCUCUGCAACCUUUCCCGUCUGAAGCCAUCGACUGAGGCUCGGCCUGAACUCCGCGUUACCGUUGACAGAUAGCAACACUGCCUGAGACUCAAAAUACUCACACUCGGGGUGGGAAACAGUCUCUUGCUCCCGUUGUCACAAUAGGAAAACAACGGGAGCAGGAGACUGUCUCCCACCCCAACUACUAAUGAAGGAAUAUUAAGCAACAUCCCUUGUCCAUUGUUCAAGAUAGUUUUUCUUUUAGCCUGAGCUCCCAGCCAUUAGAAAUAAUUUCAGAAAUAGGCCCUGGAUUCCGUGAAAUAUCCAUCCACACUGUUGUAUCUAAUGGAGGGUGAUGUACUGCAGUCAGGAGAGAGGUCGAUCCACGUUUUUUCAAUUUUGUAAGGUGGAAAGACUUUGGUGCUGCAAAAUCCAACAGAAUAAGGUCGCACAGUAACACGAAGCCAUGAAGGUUUUAAAUCUGUAAAAUAUACUCCAAGACUUGAAAAACUCUCGUUAGAAAGGAACCCCAGUAGAAGCAAAGUAUUUGUAGUGGCAAGAUUCACCUUAGCAAAAUGUAAAAGGAAAUAUAAAAGCAGCAAAACUGAGAGCGCUGGAUGCUGCGUCCGCCAUCAUAUACGCAUGUCUGAUUAGGACGUUUAAGCUACGAAAACGUCACUAAAAAAGUGAAUUUGAGCUGCAUUAACCUUAAUCGCGCUUAUUCCAUCUCGUUCAAUUCGUCAGGAAAAAGUUCAGGAAAAAAAAUAAAAUUCUUGUCUUGUGUUCCCGUCCUCUACAAAACGUGAAAUGAGGUAGUUUCACGUUGUAGCCGUGCAACGACGGCAGACAAAUGUACAAAAAAGCGUGCUGAAAGUGCAAAGUUCUUGUUCUGCUAAUCUAAACAUACUACAUUUUUUCCCGUUCUCUUGGCCGUCGCCGUCGUCGUUGCCGGCUUAAGGUCCCUAGCUGCAUUGUACGCGGACUCUAUGUAUUGAGAGCUAGUGUUUAAUAGCCUGCGAAGCUGGCGGUAUUGUGUGAUUAAAGAUUUGGCGGCGGAGCCGCGAUCCAAAAAAUGGAGUGGGGAUGAGGUGUUUAUUUCUCGCGCCUUGGCCGCUAGUGGCGGCCCCGCCGCCAAAUCUCACUCGACUAGUACACAAUACCGCCAGCUACGCAGGCUAGUGUUUAAAGGUAAGCAGUGAAAUUAUCCACCUUGAGGUUUUCUGAUUUCCUCUAGAUUUUCUUUAAACUUACUACAUAGAGGUGUCUGAUCAAGAAACACCAGUCGUUUAAUCAUAGUCAACUGAAAUCAGUUAGUAAACAAUUCAUUACAGUUAGAUACGAACUCUUUAAUAAAAUGCGCAAAAACUCCAUACUUUCAAUUUUUAGACGUAAAUGACUCUGUUCUGAGCCAAAUAAUGAUACACAGAUAAAUAUUUUGUUUUCCUUUUGUACAACAUCUAAGUUUAUUGUUACGUUUUGUUGUUAUGAUCUAGAGAGCUCCUCCCCAAUUUUUACUGUCAACCCUCCGGCUAAAAAGUUUAUUUCGCGUGGAGGAAGAGCGAACUUGACCUGCAAGGCAGUAGGUAUUCCAAACCCCGUGAUUACAUGGUACAAGGAUGGGAUUCCAGUGCCCGAGUCAAACAUCACCGAAGCAAGAGGUCUCUCGACCUUAACUUUGGAACUGGUCACAGCACUUCACCAAGGGGAAUACUGGUGCGAGGCAAGAAACUCGCAAGGAUGGAGCAGAUCCUCUAGUACAAUACUGAGUAUGAAGCAAAGUAAGUUGUUAUAAUUGGAUAUUUUCAGUUUUAAAGUUCUGUUUUUCUUUCUUUUUUCGCUCGAACACCAGUAAAAUAAAAGACACGAAAGUUCUGAUUUGAGUGCAAAGAACUGUCUUCAUCGUAUCGCGUAUUAAAAAUUAAAUUUUAUACCUUGGAGAAUACGAUGGAUAACUGUCACCACCUUCGAUAAGUACUUAAAGAGUCUUUGGUGCAAUUCAGUGUUGCGUGACUCCCGCGGGUACUUCGUAACCAGCCAUAGGUUCCAAUCAUUGUAUUUUUUAUUCGUAGGCGAGUGCUCUUUUAAGAAUCUGUGAACGAGUUGCAUGUCGUCCUUUUAGCUCAUGGGCGUCAUAAAAUGAAUUAAUGGGCCAGUUAAAAAUCACCUGAAUCCAGCCUGGUAUCUAGGUGUUCUAUCUUGCUUCCUAAUCCGGCGUGCCUCAUAGCUCACGGUAGUCGGCCACGUUUAACCGAGCCCGGGGCUCUUGGUGACUAGGGUGGGUUAAAGCAUUCAAGUGGCGGAUUCCCUCUACCAAAAAUGGCAAACAAAAGUAAAGAAUUCACUGAUGUAAAUUCAUUUUGAGUUUCAGUUCGCUAAGAAAUAAUUGAGUGCAUAGCUACUGAGAUACACUCGAGUAAUAAGAUUUGUUUCAUUUUUCUACCAGGGCCAACAAUUUCACUUUAUCCUCAAAACGUGGCAGUAUCCUUAAAGCAAAAUAUCACCAUGGUUUCCUUCGCUUGUAAAGCCGCCGGAUCACCUCCACCUGUAGUUACUUGGUUAAAGAACAACUCUACACAGCCCAAUGGAACAGUGCUUGAAAUUGAUGGAAUUUCAUGGCUCAUUCUUGUUUUAGUGGAAAUACAGAAAGGCGAAGAUAGCUACGUCUGCGUUGCUAGGAAUUCAGAAGGGGAAGCUUAUUCCUCAGAAGCAAUGGUGAUCAAUACAAUACCAGGUGCGGACAAUAAUUUAUGGCUGUUGCAAAGAUAUGUUUACCCUAAAAGGUAAGCUCCAUUUCCACCGCUCCUCCGAGUCCGGGGUGAGUGCAGUUGGUUAUCGAGUGUACCUUCCUAGUAAAAGCUAAGGGAAUCUGACCGUAAGCAAGGGCGCGGCAUUUCGAAAGGGUUAACUGAAUGCACUUAAUACCUAUUACACUUAUAAGACAUAAUAAUGAAGCAUCAAUGGUGGAGACAAGAACGCGCAUUCGCCUGCUCUCGGCUCUCUACAUCUUAGCCACCUUGAACUUCCUUCUUAACCACUUCUUUUACCACCGAUCAAGUGCUAACAACAUUGCGAAUCUAAGGACGAACACUUGAAAGAAAACAAUUGCUACAUUUCCCUCCUACACUGUAUUUUCUGAGACUCGGCCAGUUCGUCGUCGGUUUUUACAACUCUCGAAUUGCUCCGCAUCUUUCAACCCCCUUGUAUUGCUCGAGAUUGCACGCUGUGGUGAUAUACACCAGGAGCUGAACGUUAAAUCUUAUGGCUGAGCUUCCAAUAAAAAAAUAAAUAAAUAAAAAAAAAUUAUAAAAAAAACAAUCAAAUCAGCAACAACAAAGGACUAAGUUUAAGCAGUUCGGGUUUUUAAAAGACAAAUCCACCACGGCCCAGUUACUUCAAUCUUUCAUAACAUAGGCGAAAAGCUGGACAAGCGAGUGUAAGUUGAUGCUAUCUAUCUUGAAUUCGCUAAAACCUUUGACAGGGUAAACCACAGUGCUGUUUAGAAACUCUACCGAUUCGACAUCUGCGGUACCCAGUGUUGCCCUGGUUCGAAGACUAUUUGACUGACCGUGUCCAAAGGGUUGCCGUUCUCGGCGUCAACCCUGAACCUCUCCCUUUGUUAUCAGGCGUCCCGCAAGGAUCAAUACUUGGACCACUCUUGUUCCUCAAAAUAUAAGGUGGACCCCUUGAGCUCUCAAUUUUAUCCUUGACAUCAGCAGCGGGCAAAAAAAAAUCAUUUUGUCUCUGCCGUAUCGGUCCGAACCAAGCAAAGACUAUGGAAAAAUGAACCUCUACCUUUUUGUUAUUGGCAUGAAUUUUUAGACUCGGUGUAUGUAUUCAGAUGAAUAGUUAGUCUAUCGGAUUCUUUUAUUUCGGUAAUUUACCCACAUGCACUAGACCCAGGCGCUCUGACUCCUCUCAAGGUACUCCGCGGAAUACGAUUAGAGCCUUUGAGAACAGUUUUUACUGGAAGACUUCCAAGAACCUGGAACACCUUAUCAGCCCGCCUCCAGAACUUAAACUGUUCAGUAGCGCACUUUAAGAAAGAACUUUUUAAUUAUUGUUUGCCUCUUACUAAGUCUGAGUGGUUAUGAUUUCUCCAACUCCCCCCUCCCCCGCCCCCCUUACCAAACCCAAGACCUACAAAAGUAUGUCUAUCAAGUGCCACACUAGUCGGCCAUUGACCCGCUUGCUCGAUGAAAUGUGUUGUUGAUUCUUUUAUCAAUGUUUACAAGCCCUAUUAUGUUUGUUAUUGCGGUUUCUGUUGUUUUUUAAGCAUUGUUACUAAGUUACUAUUGUUUGUAUAAGUAGUGUUUUUUUUUUAUUGACCACGUAACGGAGCUCGCUCUGUGAGAUAUCUUAGCGAAGUUUGUAAAUAAAAUAAAUAAUUAAUUAAUUAAAAAUAGAGACCAAUUUCUCAAUUGAUAAGAUUCGACGAUGAUAUGCAUAUACUUUUGUAGCAUCAAAGACGUUUUAAGUUCUGACUCUCGCUGUGUCUAAUAGCUUAUUGUUUAAACUUGUAAUAUUCACACACUAUAAGCGUUGCAGACGUUUGUCAAGAGGAGGUUGGGAAAGUGUUUGAGUAUAGUAGGAGUUGCCAAACGGCUGUAGGAAAGCUCUUCUUCAUUUCGGGUGGCAAACGGAGAUCACAUGGAGAGCUUGACAAGCUAGGCUAAAAAUAAUCUCUAUUUAGUCCCUAGAGAAUGUCACGUUCCCUCGUUAGUUCAAAAUAGCAGCUAUUUAAAAUAUAAAUUAGAACUUUUCUCUUAAAAAACUUCAGAUAUAGGCCCUUCAAUAUAUCGGCACCCAGAAAAUCGCACAGCCUCUCCUGGUGAUCAUGUGGUAUUUACAUGCGCUGUCGAAGGACUGCCGGCCCCUUCGAUUAUUUGGCUGAGAGAUGGAUUGGAAGUGACUGACAGAAAGGCCAAGACAUACCAGGGAAGAGACAGUAUCAUUUCAGAACUGCAUAUUGCCUCCGUUGAAAAACACCAUUUUGGUAAAUAUACAUGUCAGGCAGGGAACACAAUAGGAAUUGUUGUCUCAAAGGAUGCAUUGCUUUCUUUAGCAGGAAGGCGUCCAUUGAAAGGCAAGUAUUCUGCACUGAGGGAGGAGUGUGUGGUACCCAUCAAAUGUUUAUACGAGGAGGCUCCGUCCCGAGGUCCAACACCUUAGCCCGCAACUUUUCACGAAAAAGGUACUCCUUUCGUAUACCCUCUAUUGGCAAACAGUACCCGUUUCAUGUACCUUGCUAAGAACGUUGUAUCCCCUUUAACUGCUGUAAAUGCAUUGUCUUUUAAAAAAGGAAUCAGUCACAAAACUAUAACGUUUUCUUGACUUUUCAUAGCCAUAAAAUUCAUCUGUUAGCUCUUUUGGGCCCUUUUACAGACCCAGAUGAUAGUUUUCCGUACCCUUUUAUCUAGUUCAACUAGUGAAUAACAUAAAAAUGAUCAAGGAUAUGCUAGGCACUAAGUUAGCUAAGGUCUGUCAUGUUCCAUCGUUUCUAAAACUAGAGACUAACAGCCCUGGGCCUAUUGACCAGGUUCCUAAUGGAGCUUAAUCAUUAUUUGGCCAUUCUAAUCCGAUCUGGAUCUACGCUAUUCAAAGUCGUCGAGCAGCACUCAACUAAACAGUGGCUACGGCGCUGAAUGCAUAAAUUACAAAAUUAAAAUACAUUUAUUUGACCUUACAAAAUUCCAGACGAAAAUCUUUUAGAGGAUCGGACUGAUUGGUAAUGCGCCCCGGAGUCAGGGUGUAAUCAAGCCCCAAGUUCCAACCCCUUACUUUGUUGCAUAUACCAUUUUUAACAGAAAAGGUACCCCUUCUCUGCCUUCCAAAAAUUGCACCCCUCUCACGUAUUUGUUUAAGAACUUUGCAUUCGUUUCGACUGCUGUAAAAGCACUGUCUUUUAAAUAUGAAUACGUCGGGCAAAACCGGAACGUUUUCGUGUCUCUUUCACAGCCAUAAAAUACAGACCGAACUUAAGCAAAUUUCCCUACCCUUUCAUAUACUUCAGCUUAAGUGAAAUUCCCACCAUUUCAUAUACCUGAAGUCUGAAAAAGGUACCCCGUUCGGACGGAGCCUCCUCGUUUUGGCCUUAAUAAGGAGCCCCCCUGGUGAUUUGCACGAAUAGGUUGUCUCAAUGCUCCAACUCAAUGCUCCAGUUGUAGUGCUAGUAUCAAACAUGAACAGAAACAAACAGUCAAUUCCACCGAUCUGAGAAUUUAUAACUGGUACAAGCCCGGUAAAGAAAGUGCGAGAAAAUAUAUUGUAUGGAUAACAACAACUACAUGUUCACUUCUCAUUGAAAUGCUUAUCUCUCUCGCUCUUUAUAGGUGAUACUUCAGCUUCAACAAGCGACGAUCAAUCUCCUCUCCUGUGGAUCUCAGUUGCUGUAGCAGGAGUUUUAUUGUUUGUGAUGGUGUUACUAAUACUGGUGAUCUAUAGGAAGAACAGAAAUGCUGCGUUUAGGGUCGAAAAAGAGGUAAAAUGAAGAAAAGAAUUACACAUUGACAUUGACAUGCAUAAUAAGACACAGUAUAUUAUAUUGCUUACUAGUAUGAAUUCCGUUAUUGCUAUUUAUUUUGUCAAUACGAUUUAUCAAUAAAGGUAUUCCUGACCUUCAAUCGGCGAAAAAAUUGCUGAGACCUGUUCUCAAAUAGGUUUCGGAGAACAAAACAUUCAACACCCCUUCCCUCCAUUCAAAGUUGGGGUUUUAAACUUUGUUCUUUCCUUCAGGUAGCUCUAACAUCGACACGAUAUUACCUGGAGGAGUUGGGGGUGGAAAGCUUUAUUCCCCCUUCUUAAGCUUCUAGACACUUUUUCUUUGUGAAAAGUGUCUCAACUAAAUUUGUGGCCGAUUCUACACUGCGGCUAAACCGCUCGUUACUUUCACCUUCAGUGGCGGAUUCAGGGUGAGGGUCGGUGUGGCCGGACCCCCCCCCCCCCCAAAAAACAACACCACCACUUUCUUCAGACCUGACGACGUUUGUUUGAGGCGGAUAUUCUUAUAUCGACAGGAUCGUAUAUCACUUUUUAACUGGCUGAUUUUUUUUUAAUGAAACGAGCGUUACAUUUUGCUACUAAAGUAAAUUCCAGGGAUAUUAAAAAAUGUAAUUGUUUUUGGGUACCUUCCUGUGAUCUACUUGCCUCUUCUAACAAAGCAGUAUAUCCCGCCCCAAAAUGCGCUCGCGUUCACAGAUUGAGAAACACCUGAUUGUGUCUGUCAGAAGUAAUUAGCCACAAAAACAGUUCAACAGUCCUUUCUGAACCAAAGUUUGGACCCCCAAUCAAAAGUUCCUGGAUCCGCCCCUGAACUUUGUAAUAGCCCUAUGGUAUUAAUCAGGAGCCAGUAGCCCAAGAGCGAAAGCAGAUUUGAUUAUAUUAGGGGGUGUUUACAUGACACCGGGGCGACUUUCGCGCCAGCGCGAGUUCACUCCGGUUACCUGUCAUUGCUCUACAUUUGUUUACAUGAUACCACCACAAAAUGUCAUGCCGGCGCGAGUCACCCUGGCGUGAGUCCCCGGUUGUUGUAUCGGGGCGAGAAUUUCACUCCGGUACGAAAUCUCGCAAAGGUAUCAUGUGAAAGCGAAACGAUCACCCGCUUCGGUGUGAAUUCGGUCUGCCAGUGGCCUGGAACGGGUAGCGCAUGCGUAAUGUUUGCGAUUUUGAAUCGCACGUGUAUUUUAUCAACAUGAAGUAUACCUUCAAAUAACCCAGAUAUGAAAUGACCCAUGAUCAUGUGAACGCGAUACAAUAAGUCAUGCCGAUAUGAAACUCGCGCCGGUGCGAGUUUUCUCAUGUAAACACCCCCUUAGAAAGCGGUAUCAGACGUACUUUGCUAGACGAAGCGUAUCUUACAGUCCAACUCCCCUCCGCCCGGCCCUCACCCAUUUUACAUGUUCCUACUCACCUGUGCUUCCCCUAUGAUAUUUUAUGCUAACGUCAAAGUUUGUAUUCUUUUUUACACAGAUCAUCAAAGAACAAAGAUAUUCAAAUCUUUACAUCAACAGAGAUGCUAUCACUCAGCAACUGCCCAGUUCCUCAUUAAAUGGAACAAAAUAACUAGGAAAUACGGCUAGUGUGUGUAAAUGUUUAAGCCUUAAACUGAACGUUUAACGUUCUUUAAUAAUAGUCCACAACUUUGUGUGCGGCAGGCUUGUUUUAGAAGCUAAAUUGGACAGAGCCAGCUUAGUUCAGAGAUGUACCAAACUAUAGCAUCGCCGUUUAGCGAUAUUCCGAAGGCAGGCUGGCCCACCUGCUGAGAUAGCCGGUUGCUCAAGCCAGCGGCCAAACCCGGAUUCGCAAAUAAAAUUAACGAAAAUCUCGGCUCAUAUAAACAGGCCGAUGACUGUCCAGAGAAGAGCCUCUAUGUAGCACUCGUGUUAGAAAAGCUUGAGCUUGGCUACCAUCUAUAUACUAAAGUCAAACUUCCUUUAAGCCGGAUCAUGAAGCUUAUCAAGAAUCGAUCCCAACCCCCCUCCCCUUUUCCCUUUCUCCCAAUCUUCUUCCCUUAUAGACGCCUGUUACGCAGGCUACCAAUAAUCGAAGCACAAGGAUUUUUUUCCGAGUAUAAGAGUCCUCACACAUAAUUUCUGAAGAAUAUAUUACCGCGUGCAAGUUACUUAUUAUAAACUUUCCCCGCAACCGCUUUUGGAGGGCCUCCAAAAGUGGUUGCGGCCGCUCAUGAGAGCUGCUUUUUGCGAGAGUUUCCAAGUAUAAUUGCAAUUUGGCUGGGAAAAGUUUGUUUUCUUUGGAUAUAGAUGGCUGCUUAUGUUAGGUCAUGUCCGCUCACGAGAGUGGUAGUCCUCGAUGGAGGUUCGACUGUAUUCAACAUAAUAUCCUGAAUAUCUAUGGGCUUUCUUUUAUUCAGCUAUCAUCUUAAGUAACCUGGAAGCGAAGGUAAAUUAAGUAACUAUAUGGCACAAUGCCGAGUCAAUUCCAAAACUUGUUGUAUGUACAUAGUUGGAAUUCCACAAUAACUUCCCCAAAAAGCAUGUUCUAUUUCUGAUUUCACGAUUAGUAAAUACAUUUGUUGUUAAGCGAUCAUUCAGGCCACCCCUAUAAAUGUUACGUUUCCCAUCGCCCGAACGACCCAUUUUUUUCGAAAAGUAAAAAAAAAAACAGACAAAUUCCAGGCUCACUAGUCAAAGCCAAGUACUUUAAUUAACAAGCAUACGAUCUUGUUUAAUUAACAACAAUUGGUGUGAUGUGAUGUCCUUGUCUUUCAUUAACAUCAACACUACGUUUUUUAAAGGUUGUUUAGACAUUCGAUAGUCGAAGAGACCACGUUGUCGAGUUGCCUUUGUAACCAGGCUUUUCUACUUAGCAGCCCGGCCUUCUCUGGAACCCCGACCCCUUUAAGUGUUUACAUUUUUUUCUUUUUUUUUUUUUUUGAUGCCGACCGAGCGACCGACCCACCAUCACAAAAGACGGGGCGAUGAGAAACGAAACAUUUUAUUGGAAUGGCCUUAUAAUUAAAUCAAGAGGGUCCAACUCCCCAACUCCCCUACCAGCACAGUAUGGAGAUUAAGGAGCUAAAAAUUUUCUGUUGUAAUAUUGUCCGUGUCUUUGACUGCUUUAAGACCCUUGAAAGUUUUCCUUUUUUGGUAGCUACAACAGAGAAUUCUCUUGGUAGUAAUUCAUGUCCCGCAAACAAAUAAAUAUUCACUUAAAUUUGCUUCUGUAACCUUGCGUAAAUUUGCUGUAAGCUUAAAAAAAACGAGGAAGUUAAAUUUGAGAAACGAACGUAAUUGAAUUAUGAAAUACUUAGCUUCAAUUCCCGGAAAGGAAGUGGAUAUUAGCGACACAACUGACGCAUGUACGUGACGCAAAGCUUGGAUUGUUUGAUACCGCGCUAGGGAGGAAGAAAACGGCGGAAGGCUCUUAACUUGAGUUUUUUCCCAUAUUCAAGCCAUAAGACAACCACACGUGAGUACAUCUUGGCCUAACUACGAUCGAAGUUAACAACCUAAUUAUUCAAUCAUAUGAAUGAAUAUGAGGCGGAGUGACGCUGUUCGCUACCCGGUUAAAUCAGUUUUGACAUUCCAGACGCAUGAAAGGAAACUUUUUCUCUAGAGCUAGCAAGGUGAUCGAGACAUUUAAGCUUAAGAACUCAGUCUGAUGAGCAAUUACCUAGAAAAUAGGAAUAAACGAACGAAGAAAAUUUACAAUCAUAUCGAAAAUGGAUAUGUAGGAUAUGAAAGUAAUCUUUCCUACAAUACUCGUCACAUUAGUUGGGAGGGUCCGAUAUUUGUGCCUCCUCAAUGCUGGUUUUUGCGAGUUGGCAUCACAAAAGCAAAAAAUUUCAGCACUGGGAGGGAAAGAGCACAACGUUUUGCCGCAAUAUGGUAGCUGCACCGGAUGUCCCAACUUAAUGUGACGAGGAUUGUAGUUCUUGAAAAUAAUUAAUAAUGGUAGCUUAAACGCCUGUCCCGCGUGGGUUAAGUUAUUGUCACAGGCAGCGGAGGGGUUGCGGGAAGGAAUGGGGAACGGGGGGUAGUUACUUUCGGUCAUUUCGGUGGAAAGGCUUCGGCUGAAAAGGGAGCCUUUUCUAACAGGCUUCUCUUCAGAGGCAUAUAAAUGGUUUAGGAACCUCUAUCACUUAGGUAUUCAAAAAAGGUCUUCAAUUAACUUUUACAAUAGCACUGAUCUUACGGCCGUAUCAUUUUAAUAGUAUUAAUGAUAAGAAGUCGCCAUGUAAAGGGGUACUACCAUCUUACAAAAAAACGUGAGCCUAAGGGAUACCUUUCCUGUUAAUAUUGUUUUAUGAAAAACAGUAAGAGUUAAGAUGUCACUACGGAUCCUUUCUGAAUAAAAGGUCGUUGAAUACCAAUGAUAAUGAUUUUAAGCGGUCAAAAGGCUUAUCCACUGAACCAAAUUAAUUGUCAGCCAAGAAGGAUAAAAAAAGGGAAAAAGUUAGUUUAAAAUAAACAAAUUGUAUCGACAAAGCUUGAGCAACUUAGACUAAGCAAACUGAAUAUUGGUGACCGAAUUUCUAAAGUCUACAAUUUCACAAUAACAUUUUCGACAACAACAAUGAUAAUAAUAAUAAUAAUAAUAAGGAUACACACUUUAGUUUUAACAUAACAUAGACAACAUAAAAAUUAUUUUAAUUUUGUCUACGUUGAUGAUCACGAAAGAUACCUGACAAAUUAUAGGAAGGGAAACAAACAAGCAAAAAAAGGAAAUCAAAUCAGGGCUUAAAAUAAGUACACGUCAGUUGAAUGUGAGUGCUCUUAACUGCCCAAAUGUCUCAUGCAGUGGGCUUCAAAUUACGUUACAGGUCGGGUUUGGGCUGCAUUAAGCCUGUUUGACGCAAAAUAUGAAACGAAAUGAGACCGAUUAAGUGACUAAACAAACUGAAACUUUAAAGUUGUAAGAAAGCCCACUUUACUUAAUUUCUCAAACAUAUCGGAUAGUUACAGCUGCCAAUGCCACAAUCACAAUCGUGUUACAAUCGUCACUUUCUCCACUGAGCGCGCCUCUCCAGGGAUAGAGAUGUCUAUGAUCUUAGCCUAUUACUGAUCUCGCAGUGUCAAACUUUGGAAUGCUGUCCACAUUAGGGCGCACGUCACCUACACCACUUGAGAAGCUAUAUUUAGAAGUAGAAAAAGUUCGGUACGAAACCUAAUACAAUCCUAAUUUCCAUAAUGAUAUGAUUCUCUCCUACUUAAUAAGCCAAUUUAGAAGACGACAAGUACGCAAAGACAUGAUGAUAUAAUUAUCUCUACUAGAAGCCUAUUUAGAAAAUGGUAAAAUUAUUCAGUUUUUAUACCCUCAUUUUCUCUUAUAAACCCACACAAGACCAUCACACUGUGGUUAUCUCUACUAAAAGCCUAUUUAGAGUAAUAUCAAACUCUUAUACUCUACAAAAUCUACGUAAAAACAUCAGUAAAAUACAGGUUUUGCGACACGUGUGUUUAUGGAUUUCUGGACAAAAAAACCUUAAAAUGUGGUGUUUUUAACGCCCUAGCUAACUAUUUAUCUUAAAUGUUCUGGCAAUGUUCAAAGUGUUUGAGAUGACCGAUUAUUAUUAUUAUUAUUAUUAUUAUUUUUAUUAUCAUCUAAUCCUUUUUCAAAUUUUCUUUUUUUUUCCAAUGAUUUUACUACAAAAAUGAGAGAGAAACAAAUGAUGAUACUUAUGAAUUGCGAUCGAACUUUAAGGAAAAAACCGAAUGAGAAUACCAACGUAACCGAAAUUUUGUCUUUGGAAUCAGUAGUGCGACCAUUCUCUACUCUCCACUCCCCCAUCCCUUUCUGGGGAAUUGUGAAAUGGCGGUUGCCCCUGUGCAAAAAAAAAGAAGAAGGGUUUUUUAGUCAUUUUCUAUUAUUAUUAAUAUAUAUUUUUUUAAGUGGAAUAGUGGAAUAACGAGACUUUUCAAAUGGACUAAUGGGAUAAUGAAUGAGUGCGUCAUGCAUUCCCCUUCACCCUCGAAAUGUUCAAUUAUUUUGCCGUGCAUCAAUAUUUGCUUUUUUUUGAAGUCUUUUUAAAACCCGCAAAAAUUUUUCAAUGCUUAACAUCAUGACGGUUCAAUAUCACAAGGAAAGACUUUCUCGCAGAAGCUGCCGAUUUUUCAGGAUUUUUGAAAGAGCCAUGGCCGUUCAUUUUUAGCCAAUUUACGGCUAAGCCAAUGAAAAUAAAGGAGUCUUCAGGUAAGUAUGGAUUUAGAGUGAACGUUUCUACCUUUUUGCUUCUCGUUUGCUUCGUUUGCUCUCAGUAAUGGAUUGGGUGUUUUCGUCAUCGCAUCCGGCAAUGACAGGUGGCGUGAUAGACCGAAAGGCUUUCCACUUCUUUGAAAAUUGUGGUUUUAAUAAAUGAGUCUACAUAAAGUACAUAUUGCCUUGGACCCACGCAAUGGACAAAAAUGCGGUAAAACAUGACGUGUUUGAAUAAGAACUGUUCAUUUUUAACUAUCCAGAAAGGUGCGAGGGCAUCAGAUUGCUAAUGGUCAGGCAAACAAUCGACGCUCAUUUUUAUGAUCGUGUUUGAAGAGUUCGUCUAUAUAUCACGUAAGAACUUCAAUCUGUAUGUUUUCUUACUUCGUUACUCUCUUGUCACCCCUUCAAGCGCAGCGAGCAAAAAAUCUUUAAAAUUUCGAUCCAUUCUAUUAUAAGCUAGCUGCAAAACAGAUUAUUCAGGGCUUGAGAGUAGAUUGAGUUCCUAGUUAACUGUUCCUUAUAAACUCUUAUAGGUGACUGUAAGCUCUUAUUUACUAGGUUUUUCUCUAAGCAGUAUCUGCCUUAAAAUCUUGUUUCUACUAUUUCGUCAGUGGAGCAUAUAUAGUGAAAUGUUGUUGUCAUAUGUUCAAGGGCAAAAAAAAGAAAAGAAAAGAAAACUUUGGACUAUAAACCUUAUCAGUCUUCGUCAUGGCUAAAUAUACAAGCUUUUUUUUUAGUAUGAAAGUGAAUCAUGCAAUUUACCAAUAUUAUUGUUUAUGCCGUUGUUUUUGUUAACUGAGGUGUUAGAAAAAUCAUCUAGGAGGAAAUCAGUGGGGUAACUAGAAUAUUCCUGACAAGAUAAAAAUGCCGACAGAAUCCCGAGCGAGUUUUUUCCAUUCAAGCCAUACAACUGUAUACACUGUUCCCUGAUUUGCAAGUCAGUCGAAACUCGUAAAACAGUUUCUGCUAAAUUGUUAUUUACUAAACAACCAAAUAAUUAUUCAACCCAUUCUAUAUUACUUAGUAUAACUUCAUACAGUCAGUAGCACAAAUCAGCCAGUACAGGGACAUUUUAUAGUGACAGUAGCUAAGGAAAGGAAGGGGCCCAAAAAGAAGUACUUAAAGCCUGCGAUCCUUAGAUGAAGGCACUAAAACUGAUGAUAAUAUAACAAUAUGGCGGGCUAAAGGUUUAACGUCGUUGUGCCGACUGAUCAUGAACUGAAACUCUUGGGAUCGAAGUUGGCUAUUAAAAAAAAAAACAUCUUUAUUCAUUGCUCUUCUUUUUUUUUUUUUAUCACACCGACUUAUUUUGUUAUUUUGAAUUUUGUAUCCCAAAUCAUUCCAGGUACUUCUGCUGGCCGUGGCAUGCUGUUGUUUAUUUGCUUAGCGUUUUUCUACUUCCAUAAUGCGGAAACAUCCCAGUGCGCCUCGAUGGAAAAUCAACAUACAGGUAUAGAUAGUACGCUAGCUAGUAUAGACCGUUCUGUGCUUUGCCGUCGAUGUCCGGUCAGUAUGGACUAUUUUUGGUUGAAAGAAAGAAACUGUUUGGGAGUUUGCCCGCCCAAUUUUUGGCAAUAUAUAAGAGAACAGUUUUUGACCUUUUAUGACCAUUUUACCUCUAAGUUAGCCUGCAUGACAGGCGCUUUAUGAGCCAAGCGGGGCGAACGAGUAGUAUAUAUCUCGAAACGAAAGGGCUUAACACAGGAAGGGGUCAUGUGGGACUACCUUCUGUAGCUGCCUUUGGAGAGCUUCCCGACACAUCGUAAACCUAAAACAACUACCUAUGGUCUUAACUCCUUUUCUUACUUUUCAGCUAAGCAGUGGAAUGCACUGCCGGACUUUUUUCGUACCAGUUUUUUUGCAGACUUUAAGACUAAAAUACAGGAUGUUACCUUCAUGUAGAUUCUUUUUGCCUGACAUACUUAAACUUAAAAUUGUGAAUUGUAAAUGAUAUUUUCUUUCUUUGCAUUUAAUGUAUAUAUAUAUUUUCUAUAUAGUUUUUAUGUAGUGUCAGCUCGAAGAUAUUAGCUUGUUAGCUACCCUAAAAUUCGAGUUUAAAUAAAGUUUUAUGUUAUUAUGUUAUGUUAUGUUAUCGAACAAUGAUUGAAAAGUUACCGUAUUUAUUGUUACUCUUCAGGCAUUAACUGAUUUUUAAAUAAACCGUUUUAAAAUCGAUGCUCACAAUGGCCCACAUGCUGGUUCGUAAACAAUCUAUCUAGUAAACCUAUUGUAGUAAGUCCACGUCGGUAAAUGAUUUUAAAGUAUUGUUACCUCUAUGUAUCCUUAUAACUAACAAUUUUCUAAGACACCUAUAGUUAACACUUUGCACUUUUUAAUUCAACUCCUUACAGUUUCUUCCGCUCCUACUCUUACCAUCAACACCCUCCCGGAAGAAGAGGUGUUACCUAUAGGGUCCAACGUAACAGUAACUUGUACCAGUAACACUUCGAAAGAUGGUAUUGCCGACCCAAUAUACGACAUGCCAUAUUGGAUGCAAAUCGAUUUCGGCCAAGAUAGCCGUUUAAUCACGAUAAAAAGUUGCGGUGGUCGCAGAAGCGACAGGGAGCAAAGCAAGGUUUGCAGCUAUGUCAUUCACAAUGCAUCAAGGAGCGAUUCUGUUAAUUACACCUGUUGGACUAGAAAUUCUUGGAAAUGCACAAUGGGGUAUAUUCAGUUAGAUUUCAAAGGUAAUAUUGACUUACAGUGUGUUGAAUGUUACUGUAUUUAAUAUUACAAUAAGUGUACGUGAUUUCUACGAAAAAAUAAACAGAAAAAAUUAUUUAAAUAAAGGCUAAUCAGUCGAGGUGAUCCAACGUCACAAAAGCAAAUAUCCACCAAUUCCAUUCAGGAGUUCACCCUUUAUUUUAUCCCUUUUCUCGGGUGAUAUGAAAUUCAAUUUUUUGUUUCAAAAUCAGUUUCUUUUUUUAUUGUUUGUUAUUUUCUAUUUUUUUUUUUUUUGUAUUUUUGUUUUUACAGAAAAAAUUCCUCCAGUUUUCACUGUGAACCCUCCAGUACAAAUGUUAAUAUCUUCCGGUGGUAAAGCCAGCAUGAAUUGUAAGGCAUCAGGUUUCCCAAUCCCUGUAAUAACAUGGUUCAAGGAUGGGAUUCCUGUACCAAGGGCAAACACCACUGGAGACAAGGGACUCUCGAUCUUGACUCUUGAAUUUGUCAAACCAGUUCACCAAGGAAAAUACUGGUGCGAAGCAAACAACUCGGAUGGCUGGCAAAGAUCACUUAUUACAAAACUGAGUUUGAGGCAAGGUAAGCUGUCCUUCUUUUCAUCGCUGGAAGUCAAGGAAGUGAAUCCGCAGUAGAAAAACCCGAAUUUGCUUUGGCGUUACCAUAACCCAAUUUUAUGGCAAAGAGCUGCAAACACGUUAAUUUGCCAUAGGUAGUUGUUUGUUUGUUUGCUUGCAUGUUUUUUAAUAAUGAUAACACGUAAUUUCUACAAAGUCUCAAGUCUAGGUGGUAGUCCACGAUGGUGAUAGAGUGCCUCAUAAAACGUCAUAAAACGUUUAUCGUAAGACAGAAGACGUAUUAAAGGUCUUACGUUUUAUAGUCUCUACCUUAGAAACGUGCCCUGCAGCUAGGAUCUAAAGUACUUACAAUUAGGUCAUCUUUAUUAUUGCACAGCCUUUUGAAGACAAGACUUUUUCUGUUUUUUUCUUUUUUGUUUUAUCUCAGUGACUCAAAAAUGGAACGAAAAGAACUAGUAGAGGGCUCUGAGCGUUGGUUAUUGUUCAGAGAAAUCAGACCUGUUCACUCAGUAAGACUUCAAGAUAACUCAAUGAAGCGCUAGGCGGAGCCCACCCCAGAGCGCAUGCUCCAUCCAGUGCUGAAUCCAAAAAUCCAUGUCCGCUUUCCGCUCGCCUCUUAUAGGUAAAAUACGUUCAUAAAGUUGAUUUUCCUUCUUUUUUUUUUUUCCGUUAUUUUUCCUGCAGUGCCAACCAUUUCAAUUCAUCCGAAAAACGUGUUCGUGUCAUUCAAAGAAAAUAUUACUUUAGUUUCCUUCGCGUGUAAGGCCACUGGAUCACCACCACCUGUGGUAACCUGGUUAAAGAAUAACUCUACGCAGGCCAAUGCGACAGUCGUUGAAACUGAUGGAAUGUCCUGGCUCAUUCUUCUUCUGGUAAAAAAUGACGAAAACAGCUUGAACAAAUACAACUGCUUCGCAAAGAAUUUAGUAGGGAAAGCUUACUCUAACGAAACAACCGUGAUCAAAACACAGACAUCAUUUCCAGAUAAAGGUAAGGCUAGCUUUACUAACAGCCACCACGGGUACUGCUGUUAGGAAAAUACAGCUAACGACUCAAGCUCUGCUGUUUAUUGAGUUGAUUUUUAAGUACAUCCAACAAACUCAAAUCAGGGCAUGGAUAGCUCUUUCAGCAAAACAUUAACAACAGGAAAACAAGUUGUGGCUGAGAAGGCACUUGUGGAAAAUAAAAUUGAGACUGUCGUAAGCGACCACCGAAAAAGUGGUGUUAACUUAGGGCUGGUCGCUUACGAGAAUGAGCUCUCGGAGCUCUCGUAAUUGGUCUCGGCUGAUAACACCCUCCUCGUUCUAUAUAAUUCUUCCUAUGAUACUCAGCCUUAUCUUCUAAUAUUAUUGUAAAUUAUCGUUAUCAUGAUUCAUCAUCAUCAUCGUCAUUGUAUCAUCAUCAUUAUCAGGCUUCAGAUAUAUAUAUGAAAGGGUAGGGAUUUUACUCGUUGAAGUAUACGAAAGGUUAAGGAAAUCUGUAAUUUGGGUAUGUGAAAGGGCUCGAAGAGCUAAAAGAUUAAUUCUAUGGCCUCAUAAAGUCGAGAAAACGUUCUAUUUUUGUGAUUGAUUCCUAUUUAAGUAACAGUGCUUUUACAGCAGUUAAAUGGGCUGCAAAGUUCUAAACAAGGUAUGUAUGUGAAAGGAGUACCAUUUGUCAAUAGUAGGUAUACGAAAGGGGCACUUAUUUCAUGAAAAAUGUCAAAAAGGUUAAGGGGUUGGACCCCUGGGCAGAGCCUCCCCAUUUAAAAAUUGUUGAGAGUAUCCACCUCCCCCCCGCUCCCCCCAGGGAUGCGACUAAUAAAAUGGAAACAAUUUUUCCUUAGAAAGCACUGUCAUCUCUUUCUAUCGCCAUCCGGCAAGUCUUGCUGCCUCCCCUGGUGAACACGUGAUAUUUGCAUGCGCUGUCGAAGGAUCUUCAGCACCCUCGAUUAUUUGGCUGAGGAAUGGUUUGAAAGUCGUUGAUAAUAAGGCCCAGACCUAUCAGGGAAGAGAAAGCACAAUCUCAGAGCUGCACAUUCUUAACGUUCAAGAACAUCAUGCUGGUAACUACACCUGCAAGGCAGCAAACGCUAGGGGGAGUGGCGUCUCAAAAAAUGCAUUGCUUUCCUUAACAGGAAAACCUGACUCCGCGAAAUGCAAGUUAUAUUAA